UAACCCCAUCUGCGUUAUCAGUAUGUGUUGAAAUUUUUAUAAAAUUAAAAGCAUCAAAUUACAAAAUACAUAGUUAUACUAUGUGUUUUGUAUAAUAUUUAUUUUUUUUGUUUUUUGUCACGAGAGUUUUUUUUUUAUCUAUUUUUUACACAUUAAAUAUAAAAUACGAGUAAAUAGAAAGAAAUAUUCACAAUUUAUAUGUCUGUUCGCAUAAUGUGUCCUAUAAAAAUAAAUUCGUUAGAAUAAUGGUAAAAUAAACAUAAUAUAAUACUCAUUCAUAAGGAAUUAUUUUUAGAGGGUAGAUUUAAAACUUUUGAAAGUAGGUAGAACAAAUGACUUUGAAAGUCUAACUUAAAUGCGUGGACAACAUGGUGGACUAAAGAUAACCGAAGAGUUGUUGAAAUUUUACAUUGAGUGAUUAAAAGUUAUUCAAAGUUCAAUAUUUAAAUAUGCAUUGGAAAAGUACAAAGUUUAUUUUGGCAUCAACAGUUACAGCAGUUAUUGCUUCUCAAGUGGUAAAAAAAGUAUACAAGUAUUUCUUCACAUCGAAACAGAGCCCUCGAUCUGAAGCAAAUAAUGAAGACACAUGCAACGGGAAGCUAAGUAUCAAGAACCGUGAAAUAAAUGACGUGAUAUUAUUCUCAGAUGAUAUUAUUCGACACACAAUUAAAGUCUCGGCAAAUAAAGAUAUAACGUUAUGUAAAAGUAGAGAAUUAAACUGUGUCAAACUAAUCAAAUACAUCAAAUCGGCACGUGAGACAUUGGAUGUCUGCAUGUAUUUGAUUACGAGUACUGAAAUAGUUGAACAAAUUAUAAGGCUUGGAAAAAAACAUAUUUUAGUAAGGAUAAUUGUUGACAGUGAUAUGGCUUAUACACCGCCAUCACAAAUUAAGAGAUUAGAGGAAUAUAGCUUCAUUCAAGUGCAAACUAAUAAAAAAUCAAUACUCAUACACCAUAAGUUCUGCAUUAUUGACGGACCCAAAGCGAUGAAUCGAAAAAAUAUUUUAAAAGCUUAUGCAGAAAAAUUAAAUGUGCACGCGAAAUAUACGAAAACGACUGUGAAACAAUACUUGAACCCUAAACCAGUCAAAAGUUUCGUGAUGUCUGGUUCAUUAAAUUGGUCAACUCAAGCUAUGGUUUCAAAUCAUGAAAGUGUUAUUGUAACAUCUCACCCUAAUAUUGUAGGGAAAUUUGAAAAAGAGUUUGAAAGUUUAUGGGUGGAAAAAGAGCCAGCUUUAAUAACAGUACCCUGACAACUUUCAAAGAUUGGAAUUUUUCAAUUUUAUAAAUACACCGAUGAUGCAAUACCACAUGUGCAAUAGUGUAGUCUGUGAAACAGAUUUUAAUUUAGUGAACCAUCUUAAUAGUAUAAAUUGUGUUAUGAUCGACCAAUAUAAAACGUGAAAAAUAUAGUGAACAUCAUAAAGUCGAUUUUAAGUGUAUUUAAAUGUGCCAUUGGAUGCAGUGCUUCUCGUUAGAUGGCGUUGUUGGAAUCGUUGCUAAGCAAGUGUAUUACUUGUUUAGCUAUUCACCAAUAGGUGGCGUUGAUAAGCAUUGCUUUUGCAGUGCUCUAAUUUUGGAUGGCGUCAGUGACAUCUGACGAUUGAUAACAUAAAACAUCGUUAUCAAACGUAAAUGUCCAUCACAUCAAUCUGGAGCUGUCAACAACCUCGAACCAACUACUACUACACGUGUGAGGAUGUCGUGCUCUUAGGUCUGAGUUCAGUAGCCGAUAACUGUCUAUAUACUAUCUAUAUUAAACAACAAGCAGCGGCAUACUAACAGCGUAUGCAGUAUUAUAAUUCAGAAGCAGCGCCCCAAUACUACCUCUUGUAGCAAUGAUUCCACGUGACACGUCAGAUGCAGUACUUUAUAUCAUCACUGUGUUUCCACCAUGUUAGAUUAGCCUCUGUAUGUUAUAAAUUAUUUAAAGAAUAUAAAACAUCACAACUCCUACCUCCAUCUGGUGCAUUAGUAACUUGCAGUUAUCGAUUAUCAGCGGAACCACUUUCACCUUCCUAAUACCUUACAUUAUUACGUGAUAACGUAGUACUGCAGUUUCUUUUGUAUUUAGGAAUAAUUUAUUUGUAACAUACAGUGCACCAAUAUAACCAUAUGAAUUAUUAUUGUUAUUUAAGUUAUCAUUUACAUUGAUAAGUUCUCGCAGGGAAUCGCAAAAAUGCUUCCUUAGUUUAUAAGUUAUAUGACUUUCUUUAUCGUGAUCCCAAUAACGUUUUUCUGCUUUCCUGCGAGAUCCUGACACGUUCGCGCAUUUCUUUUUUAUUGUAUUGUUUUUGUUUUAUUUAUAUACAUUAUAGAUUUUUUUUAGCUAUUUUGAAUAAUAUUGACUAACAAACACUAAACAUUCUAACGCAUGACUUUUCAUUUUUAGAAUUCAACUCGCGAGUGUGCAUGACGUAAAGUUUAAUAUUUUUAAUUUUAUUUUUCUUUAUAAUUAUUGUUAUAUUUAGACAACUUGUUAUACUGACAUGUUUAUUGUGUAAUAUUUAAUUAUUAUUUUAUUGAUUAUGAAAAUGUUUACUUCAACAAUUCGUCUUAUUAUAAGCAAUGAAAUAUUUAUAUUGAGAUCUAUUGCAAUUGUCGUAGGCCUUGCUCCAUAAAACUUGAUUUUAGGUUAAAUCUGUUGAAAUACUUAAAUUCGAGUUUUAGUCAAUGGCAAUACCCGGAGAUUGCUUUCUUGUUUUUUUAAGAUGAAAAAUUUGAUUAUGCAAUCUGUUAAAUGUGAUAUCAGUGAGAAUUUAAUAUUGUUUUAUUUAAUAUGAUUUGAAAUUUGUAAUAAACGUUUCGGCAUGA